CUUGGAGUCGGAGGCGGGCGCGGCAGGAUGAAUGCAGGCUCCGACCCCGUGGUCAUCGUCGCGGCAGCGCGGACCGUCAUUGGCUCCUUCAAUGGCGCCCUGUCCACCGUGCCGGCCCACGACCUGGGCGCCACCGUCAUCAAGGAAGUCCUGAAAAGGGCCGCGGUGGCUCCGGAGGAGGUGUCCGAGGUCAUAUUCGGCCACGUCUUGGCCGCAGGUAACUCCUCGGCUCCUCACCUGGCUCACCUGAGAACAGGAGUCAGGAUGGGUGAGAUGCCCCUGGCUGAUAGCAUUCUCCACGAUGGUCUUACAUGUGCCUUUCACCACUAUCAUAUGGGCAUUACAGUUGAAAAUGUUGCCAAGCAAUGGCAGGUGAGUAGAGAAGAUCAGGACAAGGUUGCACUGCUGUCCCAGAACAGGACAGAGCAUGCACAGAAAGCUGGCCAUUUUGACAAAGAGAUUGUACCAGUUCUCGUGUCUUCCAGAAAAGGCAUUACUGAAGUGAAAACAGACGAGUUUCCUCGCCAUGGGAGCAACCUUGAAGCCCUGGCCAAGCUGAAGCCAUACUUCCUUACAGACGGCACGGGGACCGUCACCGCAGCUAAUGCUUCAGGAAUGGGCGAUGGUGCUGCAGCUGUGGUUCUUAUGAAGAAGUCAGAAGCUGAAAAUCGUGGUCUUAAACCUUUAGCACAGAUUGUUUCCUGGUCACAAGCAGGUGUGGACCCUUCUAUUAUGGGAACCGGACCCAUUCCAGCCAUAAAGCAAGCUGUCUUUAAGGCAGGCUGGUCUCUGGAGGAUGUCGAUGCAUUUGAAAUCAAUGAAGCCUAUGCAGCUCUGUCUGUUGCCAUAAAGAAAGAACUUGGAUUAUGCCCAGAAAAGGUCAACAUUGAGGGAGGGGCUAUAGCCUUGGGCCACCCCCUUGGAGCAUCUGGCUGUAGGAUCCUUGUAACCCUGCUACACACACUGGAGAGAAUGGACAAGAGCCGUGGUGUUGCAGCCCUGUGUAUUGGAGGUGGGAUGGGAAUAGCAAUGUGUGUUCAGAGAGGGUGAACCGCUUAACAGUACUCA